CCUAUCCGGUGUCGGCGCUGUUGCUAACACAUGCUAACUCAACCCCCUAGCAAACUGAGUUGUAGCUUGAUAUGAGCACGUAGUCUGCGUGCUCGCUUGCUUCAUAUGAUGCCGAUGCCAAUUUGAGUGCUCACGUUAGCUAGUUUAGUUGCUAAUUAUGUUGAGGACGUGAAAGGGGAAAGAGAGGCUUGCUACUACCACUACCACUACCUCCGCCACUACCAGCAGCAGCUACGGGUAGUUCUGACCACAGCUGCCUCCUGCUGCUAGCUGAAGUUCCUCAUCCGUCAGUGGAUGAGGUAGUUUUAGCUAGCUACAACGCACCAAGGCGGUGGGUACAUGUCUACCUCUGAACCACGAGACGAGCUACGAAAGGGAAAUCUUGCAGUUCAUGUUUCGCCAAGAAGUCAGUGUUACGUCUUUUAUCCCAUCUUGUUCGUAUCUUUUCCAACACGAGAAGAGGAACAUGUCCAGAUAUAACAUAUACAGCCUGUUAGACUGGAUCUACGGCGGGGUGGACCCGAAGUUUGAGGGCAACGGGGGCCCCGAGUGUGCCGCCUUCAUCGCGCCCCAGCAGCGCGUCAGUGAAAGUCUGGUCAUCGUCCUCAUCUCCCUAGUGGAGAUCGGCGUGGCACUGAAGAAAAUAAACCUGUCCAAAGAGCUCAAAGUGCUGGGAAGAGACUGCAUAAAGGCGAAGGAGGAUAGUCUGGGCAAGAACCUGUUGCUGGUUGCCCUCUGCAUGACUUUUGGAGUGGAGGUUGGGUUCAAAUUCGCGACCAAGACUGUGAUAUAUCUGCUGAAUCCAUGCCAUGUCGUGACCAUGGUCCAGAUCUUCCUGUUGGCCUGCCCGCCAUGUAAAACAGCGAUGGUUGUAUUUAGGCUGCAGGUCCACAUGUUGAAUGGUGCGUUACUGGCUUUAAUGUUUCCUGUAGUCAACACCAGACUGCUACCGUUCGAGAAGGAGAUCUACUACAUCCAGCACUCCAUGCUGUACCUGGUGCCUAUAUACCUUUUCAGGAAAGGAGGUGUAUACAAGCCUGAACCCCUCGGGGACAUGUGGUGGGCUCUUCUCUCCACCGGCAUCCUGUUCCUCUAUCACUUCCUGUUCUUGCAGGUCCUUGGCCUGGUGACUGAGGUCAACCUGAACAACAUGCUGUGCCCGGCUGUGUCCGAUCCCUUCUACGGGCCCUGGUACCGGGUUUGGGCGACAGGUCACCAGACCCUGCUGACCCUCAUUCACGGGAAAGUCCUCACACUCCUCUCGCAACACACCGGCUCCGUCUGCCGAUACCUGCUGGACGCACUCCGACUGCGCAGCAAGAAAGUUGACUGAAUGUCCGCGAAAAUGCACACAGACCUAGCCUUUCACUCUAAAUGCCUGCUCUUAUCAUGCAGAUUUUUUUUUUUAAAGCAACAUUUUAAUGCAUCUUUUUAGACUUACCAUCUGUUUUACUGAAACAAGUGAGCAUUUCAGGGCCAGUGAAUCAAUGUGUCAUUCUUUUAGUGUUGUAGUUGGCUUGCAUGCACAGACGUUAUAGGCAAUUUAAGGCUGGUAGUUAGCAUUGUGAAGUUGGCCAGAUCUAGCCUUUGCUUUUCUUUCUUUUUUUUUUUUUUUGGAAUACAAUUUCCAGAAACAUGUAAGUGAAUUUGUGGGUGAUUUCUCAAGCUGCCUUUUCGUAACUGUUUUAAGGACAGAAAAACAGGAGUCAUCAAAAUGUCACUACUGAUCUGCAGUUGUUACACUUUCAGUUUUUUUAUGUGGUAGUUACGCUAGAUCUAUGUUAGUUUGUAAAGCUGCCAUUUUAUUUGUCUCAAACAGAUUGUGAAUGUGAGCUGUUGUAGAAGUUAUUGCUUGUAUAGUUGGAGGAUUUUGGUUUAACAUAUUUGAUGAUCACCUCUAAGUGUUGUCAUGACUGAUGAAAGAAAUUUAUUUAUGGCGUCCCUCUGUUCUCACUUCAUUACACACACACACACACAGAAGUUACGAAAGCGUCAUUGUAAGUGGCCUCUUUGGCGUUUCUGUCUCCAGCCCUUUCCCGAUCAUUCCAGUUGUGAUAAUCAGGGGACGUGAGGAUGUUAUUACAUGCUGAGAUUCAAAGUGAUGAAUGAGGAUUUAUGGAUCUACACUGGGAUGUUAUUAUUACCUCUGCCAAGGAGGUUAUGAUGUUUUUGUUUUUGUUUUUGUUUUGUCUAUGUUAUUUUAUGGUGAUAUUGGACCACAUUCAGUGAGGUAUAACCUUAGUGAGUCUCUAGGAUGAAUGUGUUGUUUGCCAAGAUAGAACAGAUCUUGACAAAAUAUGUAUCUGGGCUGGAUUCGUGCAUAAUGACACUUGAAUACAAUUUGUCGCUUGAUCGUCAAGUUAAUCUCACAAGGCUUCCUGAAUUCACUCCACCACUAUGACUGCAAGGAGUCACGACCUCAGUUCCAUAUUUUUGAAAAAGUGCAUCAUGACCUGCAUGAAGUCACUUUGAGUCAUUUGUUGACUAUCCAUGCGAAAGAAAGUAUUAACUAAAUUUAAUCAUUGGAAUAUGUUGGUCUGGGUAUAGAACAUUUCAAGUAUGAGGGAUAUGUUUAUUCCUGUAGCAUAUACUGUAAACUUCACUGUAAAGAAGGGAUAAGACAAACUUUUGUAUUUCUCGGUUUGAGUGUAUGUGCUGUAUUGACAAUAAAAGUGAUGUUG